AUGCCGAAUCUCGACGUCGGCGCGUUCCCGAAAUGGACUUCGCGAAUUUUUUCAAUUCUCGCCAUUUUAUUCAACGUGAUACUCAUUAUAGUUAUUCGUAUAAGGAGGAGCUCGCAUAUUGGCGGCUAUCGGCAUCUUUUGAGUUGUUUCGCUGUUUUCGACAUUUGCUACGCGGUUUUUGAGCUCUUCGUGGGAACGGUAGGAAAUUUUUUAAAGAAAUUCGAAGUAAAUGAAUAUUUUUUAGGCGGUUCUUAUUCAUAAAUCAUGUUUUUGUGUUUUUACUCGCGAGAGCUUCAUAUCGGAGGUUUCAUUUGAAUGAAAAUUCGGGAUAAUUUGCGAAUGUAGAAUGGAUUGAUGCGUCGCGGCUGCGUUGCGUUUCGAACCGACUCAUAUUAAUUGAACUCGUUUUUGAAUCGGGCGCAGCUUCGAAGUAACCGCUACGCGUUCCUGAGCCCGAAAGGCGUGUUUAUUCAGAUCUUACUUACUGAAAACUUCGGAAUUCAUUUGCAACAUUCUUGAACUUGUCAGAAUUUUUCUAUGGCUCAAAAAAAGCGAAGGAAACAUUUAUUCAUGAUUUAGUCGGAAAAAGAAACACGCUAAUCAAUUAUAUUUCUUAUUUAAAAGCAGGAAAAAGUCUCAUUUGCUACUCUUUUCACAUCCACUAAAUCCACACAAUUCGGCUCUCAACCCUGCGCCAUUCUUGCAAUAAACCGUGCCGCUCUUGCAGUCAGCCACGCCUACUGACAACGGCUGUUCUGCUUACGAAGUGGUGAUUUUAAGCUGCGACCGACCGAAAACGGUUCCUACCAUUAAAAAUCUUGCGUCAGCGGUACAAUCCAACAAGAACCCCAAUGCGUUGAGCCAUUCUAAUGCGACCAAAAUUAUCCGACUAAUUUUAUUUUUCAGACCCCAAUAUUUUCCAUCGCACUAGUUUCUCUACGAAGUUCUUUGGUUGGAAUGAGCUUCGUUUUGUUGGCAAUCCAUUUUUUCUACCGAUAUUAUGCCGUUUGCAGGUAAUAACUUUGAAAAUCGAAAUCUCAAAAAAUAUCCAUUUAAGACCCACCAAAAUGCACCAUUUCCAAAGGCCUUUUUACAUCCUUCUAUGGUUGAAUUUAUUUCUCGCCCAUGGAUUUUUGUGGUUCGGAAUCUCACUUUUGAAUUUGCCGACUAGUGCGACGCUGGUGUUUAUGCGGGAAUCUUUCGAAAAAACGUAUUUUAUUCGCGUUGAGGACGUCGGAAUGAUUUGUUUGUACUAUUUUGUAAGUUUUUCUCGCACUUUGCUCAGAAAUAUUCUAUUUUUCAGAGUCCGGAAAGGUGGACUAGAUUUGCUAGUUUGACUGGUGUCGCCUUAGGAUCCAUAACUGUCCUAAUAAUUGUGUAUCUUUAUAUUUAUCUUACCCUGAAGGUUUGUUUUCUAUAUUAUUUAGUCAUUUUCCAAAAAUGUUGAAAGAAAGGAACUCCAAGUUGUGGAAAUCGGAAAAAUAGGUCCUUGCAAAUAUUAUUUUCCCCCUAGAAGUUGAAACCAAAAUUUAACGUUGCAUACUUUUGAAUGCAAGUUACUUUAUAUGAAUAAAGUAACUCUGAAACAGAUAGUUCGAGCAUUGGAGACUCUGACAAUGAGUUCGUCGAUGAGAAACCUUCAUCGUCAAUUAUUGCGAGCUCUGGUUAUCCAAACUCUCAUCCCGAUCUUUUCGAACAUUUUGCCCUGCUCCGUAAUUUGGAUCACACCAGUUUUCGAGAACGACGAAAUCGGGAGGUUAAAUUUUUUUUUUAAGAGAAAUGGGAAAAACGGCGUUAGAGAUUCUUUUCUUUAGGAAAUGUGACUUAUAUUUGCAAUAAAGUUUCAGUUUAAAGAGGUUUUCAUCGUUUAAUAGCCUUAAAUGAACAAAAAGCCGGAUUUCAUUCUUUUGUGAUUUAAUAAAUGGGUUACUUGGACUUUUCAGAAUAUUUUCGUUCAAAAGUCGCUCUAAAUAUUCAUUUUGCGUUCAAAACCAAUCAACAGAAACCCCAAUUCCAGAGCUUUUUUCCUCUUCGAACCUGAGAAAUUUGAAAGUAAGAAUUGAACAUUUUGAUUUUUUUUUUGAGCCGUCAAACUGUAUAGUCUGUUCUCACUGUCAAGUGCAAUGACGUCACUCGAAAAUGCUCUGUGGGUGGCUCGCUCUCUGAUUGGUUCAUCGCGCCAUUAGGGGCGGAGCUUAAGCGACUACUUGACUUUCAAAAUCUGAACAGACUAUACCAACUUUGCCUAGAACGCUGUUUGAUCAAAAACUCACUUUUUUUAUAAUAAAAUUAGAGAAUUUUUCCAGUCACUACAAUCACAUAAUCGUCCCAUUGCUGGGAAUAUUCUGUUGGCUGGACCCGAUGGCCGUCCUUUUUGUCAUAUCCGAGUACUGGCACACCGCAACUUAUUACUUGAGAAGCAUUUAUCAAAAACAUUCGUCUUCCAUUUUCGCCUAUGCACCCUCCGCCGUGUCUUCAAACACUUUUAUAUAA